GAAACCAAACCAAACAUAAACUCAAAAAACCUCCUCAACACAACAGUCACGCGAUUCGUCUCUGCACUCUUUCACAACUCGAAUUCUUCGUCGAAAACUUGAUCUACAGGACUCUCUUAUACUAAAAAAUAUUCAAAUCUCCGAUCUCAAAGACUGAAAACACACACACACACACACACACACACACACACACAUAUAUAUGUAUCAGUGCGAUCUGCAGGAACUGUGUCUGAUCAACGGUUGCUGAUGAGGGAUUCACAGAAGCUUCCAUAGAAUGGCGGAGCAGGCGAUCGAGAAGAGCUCGUCUGAAGCGGAGACGAAGAAGAAGAAGGAGGACCUCACAGAUCCAGAAUUCUUCAGCUGCGUCCUUCAGCCUUCCCCUGCCGACUCCGAUGCCGAUUACAUCGGAACUCGUCGCCUUCUUCUCCAUCGCAAGGCUCAAUCUGGUGUUCUUCGACGCAAGGACUGGAGAUGCAAUGGAAAAGGUUAUGUGGCCUUCCGCAAUUAUAUUAGCAGGCCGAGGAACUGGGAAAGUUUGCAUAUACCUAGCCACCCAAGCUCUCCUGGCCAAAGUGGGCGAUGGAUAUCAUCUCCAGGUCCACUCUCUCUUUCUUUUGAGAUGGACAGCUGGAGUCCUAUCAGGGACCUACGAAGUGGCAGUCAAGCUUUGAGUCAUAGUCCAAGUUUCAGCUCGAAAGCCUCGAAUGCAAGUGAUAGUGAUCACCCACGUAGAAAAGCUGAACCUGGAUAUUCCUUUGUGGGGAUGCAUUGCAUCUUUGACCAAUGCAAGGCCAUGGUUACGGUUGUGAAGUUUGGGCAAAUGAGUUCUGAUCUACUUGCAUAUGGGGCAUCAGAUGGUACCUUGACUGUAUGCACUGUCUCUGAUCCACCUGCAGUUCUCAACCAGUUAAUAGGGCAUUCAAAAGAUGUCACAGAUUUUGACUUCACAUCGAACAAUCAAUAUAUUGCAUCAUCUUCAAUGGAUAAAACUGUGAGAAUAUGGGAGAUAUCCAAAGGCCUUUGCAUUCGGGUGAUAUAUGCAGUCUCUCCUCAACUUUGUAUUCGAUUCCAUCCUGUAAGUAAACACUACACUGGGAGAGUAAUUAAUAAAACUGUCUUCGACAAUGAGGUUACUGCUAUGGACCAUGAUCACACUGGUCAGCUUAUUUUCUGUGGGGAUGCUCAGGGAUGUGUAUACACAGUUUCUGUGAACUCACACACAGUCCCGGUCUCAUCGCAAUCGGAAUGGAAGCAAGCUGAAAUCUCCUGUCACAACUGUGCAUUGGCAACUCUCUCUCUCUGUCUCUCAGGUCUUAGUUGUGAAGCAUUGAUGAGGAAAUUGCAUUUUGGAUUUUGUGGUGUUUCGUUGGAGAUACUAGGUUAUUUGACUCUUCGAUGCUCACUAAAAUUGGCUCCACGAGUACACAGUAUCCGAGCUUCCUUCUGCCCUCUGCUUUCCCUUGAAAAAGGAGAAUUCAUAGUUGUUGGAAGUGAGGACGCAAACAUCUAUUUCUAUUACUUAACUCGGCCAAGGCAUGCAUGUGUAAACAAGCUGCAGGGACAUGGUUACCCCAUUAUAGGUAUUGCUUGGAACCAUGGAGAGAACUUGUUGGCUUCGUCUGAUUUUGGUGGCACGGUUAUCAUAUGGAAGAGAGCUAAGACGGGUUGAGAGAGAAUCAUUUUCGGAGGUAAAAGUUUGAAAUCAAACUAAUGGAAUGUCAAGGAACUUUAAUUUUGUUUGUGAAUUUGCCAUUUUUUGUGGAAAUGGGAACAAAUUUAUUUGUGUUAUACAAGAAUUUUACUGUCAAAUUGUAUUGGACUGUUUAGGAAGCUGAACAAUCGCGAAUUGAAUUUAUUUCUUUGUAUUUUUGCAUUUACAACUCGAUCGGGACUUGAAAACAAUUCUUUGUAAUAUUUAUGUACACUCAGAUACAAUUGAUCA